AUUGGUAGACUUUCUAUCGAAAUACUAACAUGGAGAAGGAAAGAAAGAAGCUGGGCCUACCAGCGCUGCACUAUCUAGUAUGCGAAGGGGGUUCCUGCCCUAUAUUAAAACAGGCCAAAGUAUACAAGCAUCUCGCGUUGUUGGUGAAUGCCUGUACUCAGUCACAGUUCGAGUUGUCCAAAAGGAAAGAUAUGGUAGUGGGUGUUAACAGAAGUGAGCUCAGUGCUGGACGGGAGAGGACUUUUAUACGCAACUGUUUGUCUUGGUGUCUGUUAGAAAAGGAAUGAUAAAUAACAGACACAUUAGCUCUUCAUGAUCUGUUCCCACGGUGUGGCAGGGACGCAGUGUGGAAG